CACAUGUGGCCCACAUCACUGCCGUGUACAAAAACGGUAAUGGCUACUGUAAGGGGCCAGUCUAGAGCAUCCGGUUGCUCCUGGGUCCCAUUAGGAACAGCAACCUUCUAGAGAGACUUGGAAGCAGUGAUGCCAACCACGACCGCAACUUUCUCUCAGUGGAGAAUUGAUUGUAUCGGAAUUUUCCCAUACCAGGUCGCGAUGAUAAAGAUUGUACGAGAUUUAUGUUUUCUUGGCGCGGAAUUUGGUCUCGUGCCAACCGGUCUUUCCUUCCUUGGCAAGCUCAUUGGUCCAAUCAAAGGACUUGGGAAUGACUUCAACUACGUGUGCAUGUCUCCAAGCCACCGAUCAACAAAGACCAAGAUUUGCAUAGCCUCUUGGAGAUCAUGUCUUUCGUUUUCGCCUAGUUGCCUGACCUAGAAGGAUAUCAAGGCGAACCUUCCCCAUAUCUCCUUCGUCGCAACUUCUACCCAAAGAUUAUAAACCCUGUGCAUCAAUUAUGAAUCUCUUGCGAUCGAAAACUCGGCUUGGCGGUCGAGUAACUAUAGCUCUUGUAGCUUCGUACGUUCUUGACUGGAUCGUAGUCAUCCUCGCAGCUGUCAUUGGAGCGGUUCUAUCGACCAUCACCCCAAAUCAGCGUCCAUUCUCUCUUACAAACGCCGAGAUUUCCUUUCCAUACGUCGAGACAGACAAGAUCUCCACCACAUUGUUGGUAAUCCUUGGUCUGGUCGUCCCAGCUGUCAUUAUUGCAUUGGUCUGUCUAGCCCUGGUACCAGGCCCAACGGUCUCGAAAUCAACCCCGAAGGGAUUGAUCUGGCGAAGAAGGUUAUGGGAAUGGCAUACAGGAUGGUUGGGUCUUGCGCUCUCUUGUGCUGCCGCUUUCUUCAUUACCAAUGGAAUGAAGAACCUCUUCGGCAAACCUCGACCAGAUCUCUUGUCAAGAUGCGAACCUGAUGUUAUCAACAUCGCCAACUACACCGUUGGCGGAUUUCCCAAUGCUCUGGAGGGCUUCAACGUUGUUUCGGCAGCUAUCUGUAAGCAAACAGACAAAUCAAUGCUCAACGACGGAUUCAGAAGCUUUUCUAGCGGUCACUCGUCGUUUUCUGCCGCUGGACUUGUCUAUCUCAGUCUCUUCCUUGCCUCCAAGCUCGCCAUUACCAUUCCGUUCCUCGCCCCCAAUUUAUUCUCUCGCGACGAAUCUCGAUUCGCAGCAUUCCCUUCUCGAGCAGAGCACCACGAACUACAAAAUCUCUCCCCAUCCUCUCCAAAAAAGCUCCCGGCUUCGAGCAACGAACGGCUACAAGAACCAUCAGGACACAACGACGCUUUCAUCGCAGCACGUAAUCAAGCCGCAGCACCGCCAGUCUACCUGCUUGUUAUAGCCGUUAUCCCUUUCUUCCUCUCGAUCUAUAUCUCCUCGACUCGGUAUUCUGACUUCAAGCACCACGGUUUCGAUAUUCUGUUCGGCUUUUUCAUUGGGACUGUUACCGCGGUUUUGGCAUUCCGCCUGUACCACUUACCAAUAAGCCAAGGAGCAGGCUGGUCAUGGGGACCUCGAAGCAAGGACAGGAGUUUCUGGGCUGGCAUUGGAGUUGGAAAUUAUGUUGGGACGAAUGCGAACAGAGUGACGAAACCCAGAGAUGUUGAAGCUGGAACAUCUGGCAGGCGAACGACUGGUGAUAUGGGUAUAAGCGACAGAAUAGAUACGGCUGUGUAACUGGUAAUUUGGAAAGAAAAGCUUCUGGAUCGAAGGACCUCCUAGUUGAGCUUCUACUCUAUAAUCAGUGGAGGUCUGUUGAGGACGUAUAAUGGCGAGGAGCUAAAUUUCCAGCAUUGGCGGCGGCGUUUGAUGGGAAGAUACCAACUUUCUUUUUGGUCUGCAACGAUUGUAGUUUUUGUAUUGCAUGAUUCCUUGGUUGUAC